AUGGGUUUCAUCAAAGUUCUCCUCCUCAUCGCUGCUGCGAGCGCGCACUACAUUGGCUUCAGACCUCCUUGCCCUCCUGCCUCGAAAGACGAUCAAGUUUACACAGGGUCCUUAUUCGAGAAAGUUGUCAUUAUUUUCGUAAAUAGUGUACGGGUCGUAAUUACCACCCUCUGCUUGGCGCACGCUGCGAUGGUCAUCUCACUUCACUAUCCAAGUGCGACGGUCGCCCUCACGCCUCAUCUCUGUCCUCACCCUUCAUCGCAACUCAACUUGCUGGCAACUACAUCGCCCCUGUUCCUCUUUGGUGUUUUCAUCAUCGGCCUCGCCGCCCUACUUCGAGUCUGGUGCUAUACCACUCUCGGUACAAUGUUUACCUACCGAGUCACCAUCAAGCCCUCACAUUCCCUUAUCAUAUCUGGUCCAUACGCCUACAUGCGCCAUCCCAGCUACACGGGAGUCCUUUUCCUCCUUAUAGGAUCCGCACUAACAUUCCGCUCGGCUGGGAGCUAUAUUGACGAAUGUGGGCUUAUGGUGACACCAGUGAGAUGGCUUAUUCGUACAUGGUACCUGUUCUCUAUCUUUAGUAUCUUUUCUCUCACACAGAGGGCGAAAGUUGAGGAUGCUUUGAUGCACGAGACAUUUGGGGUGCAAUGGAUCGAUUACAGCCGUACGGUUACCAAGAGCUUUAUCCCGGGGCUGGUCUAG